CGCCGGUACGCCCCAAAGGUGAGGACAGGAUGCCUUACUUGCAAGAUUCGACGAGUGAAAUGCGACGAACAACGACCAAGCUGCAAUCGCUGCAGCAGUACUGGAAGGAAAUGUGAUGGCUAUCCGUCGCCGUUCAUUGCGGCGGAACCCGAGCCUCUUUCUACAGCCUUGAGCACGUCAAUUGGUAGCUCUUUGGAGCUGAGAAGCUUCGCCUUCUUCCGCGAGAAGACCGGACCAGGUCUCUCUGGUUACUUCAACGACUCCGUAUGGGACCGCUACGUUCUUCAGCUCAGUCAAAGCGAACCGACCAUCCGCUAUGCCGUCAAUGCGCUUGCAGCCUUACACGAAGAACGGGAUGUUUCGACCGCUGGACAGACUGCUGUUGUAGUCAAUGCAAGCUUUCCGGCGGCGCAAUAUGCGAGAGCACUGCAGCACAUGCGGUCGCUGCUUACAUCCACUCAGGUACCGAUGGAUGUUAUGAUUGUGGCAGUCAUUCUCAUGAUUCAUUUUGAGGCCUUGCGCGAAAGCUUUGUUCCGGCUAUAAUACAUGCCGAGCAUGCUAUAAGACUAUUAAGUUCCAACACCAGUUUUGACCCAAGGAAGAUUGAUCCGGCCCUUGUACGAACACUUAUGCGAAUCGAUGUCCAGGGCUCAACGCUGCUCGGAGAACGAACGCCUGGCCUUCCUUUCCAUACAGCUUUCAUUGACAGUACGUUGCCGACGACUAUCAGUAGUCCGACACACGCGCGCGAUGUAGUUGCGACCUGGAGUUGUCGCUUGUACCAUUUCAUGCGGAUGCAUGCGGACCGCUAUAAGUUCAGGGAGCCAGGCAACGUACCCAUAGAGCUACUUGCUAAAUCUCACGAGCUCGCACAAACUCUUCACGAGCUUGAGCGGUUGCUGUGGAUGUACACGCAUAAGCCCACGGUCAAGUUAUCCGCGCGGGAGCAACAUGGUCUUGCUUUGUUGAGGGUUCGAGUAAAGAUGGAUCGGAUUACCGCAGCCACCUGUCUGUACGCCGAAACAACGGUGUAUGAUCCCUUCCUGACAGACUAUGAAGAUUCACUGGCAAUAUGCGUCUAUGUUCUUGGAAAUGAUGAGCCAGAGAAAAGAUUCUUCUCAGUUGCAACGGACGAGGGUUUGCUCAUUCCUCUUUACUUUAUUGCCACGCAUUGUCGAGAGAGCCGUGUUCGUCACCAGGCGCUGGCCGCUAUGAAGCGCCUGUCACUGCGGAAGGGCAUAUGGCAUGUCGAGACAAUGACUCGCAAUGCGGAGCUCAUCAUUAGAUUCGAAGAGGCACUUUGCGAUCACCCCUCGCCGAGAUGUGAGGACAUACCAGAGUGGCGGCGGAUCCACAGCACUGGAUUUGAGGGAUGGGACUCGAAUGAAGUCAGUUCAAGGGUGACAACAAUGCUGCGGCUGCGACCGAAUGGUGCAGACGGUGAGUGGCUGGACGUCAAAGAGCUCAUUGACUGG